CAUCGGAGUUCUUCAGCCUCAAGCUAUGACAGUGAGGUAGAAAGACGCAGCCGUCGAACUAGAAUGAAGGAAAUUGAUAGGAAAAUUGAGGAAGCUCGAAAACGUGAAGAAGCCGAAAAGCGAUUACAAGAACAAAGGGAACGCGAGCGUCGGCUGCAGGAGCAACGUGAGAGAGAAGCGGAAGCGGCCAGGCAGUUGGAGGCUCGGGUCACUGAAGCUUUUGAAGCCGCUUUGGUUGACCGCGCGGAUGAUCUCAAAGCAGAACUUGAGCGGCGUUACCAAGCCGAAAUAGAUCGCCGAGUUAGGCAAAAGCUCGAUGAGAUAGAAAGAGAAUAUCAGAAAAAAUUGGAAGAAGAAAAGCGACUUGAGGUAAAAUCCCUUACCAGUUUUGUUCAACUACUGCGCACUUCGAUAACACAAAGUACAUCCCGUAUUUAA